AUUCUUUGACAGGACGAGGUGCUCUUCUAAUCUAAGUUUGGAUCUGGUGUAGUUAUGGCACGUUGUAUUAUCCAAAUUGCUCAAGUGAUUUUUUUUCUCUCUCUGAGGGUUUGCAUUUUCUUUUCUUCAGGAGUACUACUGCUCUGAAAUAACAAAUGUAGCAGAGCUAGCCAGUCCCUACCAGAACUAAAGGGUUUGAAACGAGGAAAUAGAAAUAAAGAGCACAGACGGCUAACAACAAAGGAUUUCUGUCAUUACAACCGUUUCACAGGUGUAACCCAUGACUGUAUAAUGAGACUAAGAAGAUGUUGGAGGAUGAGUUUUUGGAAGCAGUCAAAAGUGGUUCUUUACAGAAAAUCCAAGAGUAUAUUUGGUGUGGUGUUAAUGUUAACUAUAAUGAUAUGCACUCCAACUCAGCCCUGCAUUACGCAGCUUCAUGUGGGAACAUAAAGGUUGUCAAGACUUUAGUGAAUGCUGGUGCCAGUAUUGUGAAAAGGAAUAAUAGUCAGCUAACUCCAUUACACUUUGCAGCAUAUUGUGGUAAUGUGCAUAUUCUACAAGAGUUGCUUCUUCACGAACCCAGUGCUGUGAACAUCAACAGUGGCAUGAAUGGCCCCUCACUUCUGCAUGAAGCUGUUCCAGGUGGAAACAUUGAAGCUGUGAGGUAUCUACUUGAAAAGGGUGCUGAUCCAGAUGUACAAAACAGUGAAGGGGACACUCCACUUCAUCUUGCUGCUUCCAAGAGGUAUGAAUGUAUAUCUCGUCUUCUGCUGGAGUAUAAGGCAAAUGUUGAACUCAAAAACAAGAAUGGAAACACGUCUCUUCAUCUGGCUGCAAAAAGCAGGUGUCUGCCUGUCUGUAAAAUGCUGUUUGAGAAACAAGCUUCACUGGACACCAAAAAUAAGAUGGAAGAGACACCAUUCUUCAGUGCCAUGAGAGGCUGUAAGUCUUCCACCAGAAACAUGAGUAUGGAUUUUGCUGAGUGGUUUGUUGAACAUUCCGGUGAUCUCUUGCACAGAAAUUCUGAUGGGCUUAGCCUUCUGGAUGUUGUGAGGGAGAAUUCAGUUCCUUUACCGGUUAUUCAGUUCAUUAAAAAGAAAGUGCAGGAACAACAAAGACAGCAUUUGUUAAAAGGCAGUAGCAAAGUACCUUCUGGGAAAGUGAAGUUGUUCAUUUGUGGAUACAGUGGUGUUGGGAAAACAACUCUGUCACAGAACCUGCAGAAGAGUUUAGGAGUCGUGGCAGUGUUAUCUAAAAUAUCAUGCAUGAGGAAGACAAGGGCUCCUUCUUCCACAAGAGGUGUGGCUAUCUCCCAAACAGACCUUGAUGAUGCAGGACUUGUGAUAUGGGACUUCGCUGGUCAAAUGGAGUAUUACUUUACCCAUUCCUUGCUGCUAGCAACAAGUAGUGACAAUGUAAUCUACCUGGUUGUGUUCAGUUUGGAAAAUAUCCACUGUGACAGAGAAGGCAACCAAUCGAAAGUACUCAGUCAAGUUCUCUACUGGCUGAGGUUCCUGAAUACCACAAAAAGUAGCAGCACAGUUUGCAAGCCUAGGGUCCUUCUUGUUGGAAGCCACUUUGACAAGAUGACGGUGGAAAACAAGGCUGACAUUGUAAACAGCUUUUUUGAAUUGUUGCAUAUUCAAGCCAAAAGUUUGUUUCAUCAUCUGGAAAUUGAGAAGCCUAUAUUUAGUGUGAAUUGCCAGGAGCCAUCUGAUCUUGAGCCUGUGAGACAACGUUUAAGGGAACUUGUUGUACAGGUCACUGCCCAUGCCACAGUCCCUGAUAUCUGCAGCAAAUUAAUGACAGAAGUACGUCGCCUAAGAAUUAGUAAUGAUAGAAAGUUUAUGUUCUGGAGUGAGUUUUUCUCUGAUGUCAGCAAGAACAUGUCUAAAAAUAUAACGGAAGAAACACUAAAGAUAGCUGUGGAGUACCUUCAUAAUGUCUCAGAGUUACUUUACUUUCCAAAGAUUGGAAUUGGUACAAGAAGGGAAGACUCUGGCCUUCUUGUUGACAAUGGACUCAUUUUUCUGGACCCACAAUGGCUCUGCCAGGACUUAUUUGGAGCUUUUGGCAGCUCUGCCUUCACUCUCAGCCACAAAGAAAGAUGGAAUAGGAAUGAAAUUUGCAGUUGUUUAAAACUCAGUGCCCCUAUGGACGUUGCAGUCCUUAAGUUGCUGCAAAACCUAGAGUUCAUAUUUGCUGCCGAGAAUGAGGAGUAUAUUGUUCCUGCAUGGUUGAAGAUGAAAAGACCGAUAAAUAUUUGGAGAAUGAGUGAUCAUUUUAAUUAUUACAGAGGUGUUACCUACCAAUGGGAUACAGAAAACGGCUUUUUCUCCCCAGCUUUGUUUUGCAGGCUUCAGUUACGACUGAUGAAGGAUUUCUCAGUGCUGUCACAUUCCGAAAAGGAGGCUCAACAUCUCUGUGGCAAGAGGUUUAUAAUUUGGUAUAAUGGAAUUAAAUGUGUUGAUGUGGCAGAAGUCCUAGUACAAAUUUCUGAUAAAAGGAAUGCAGUAAAUGUUAUAGUUCGAGGAUAUCAUGCAAAAAAACUUAGCACAGCCCUUUCAGAUACAAGGAAGAAGUGUUUUCAGUUACUGAAUACUGUAUGUCAUCAUUUGGAGAACUUGCUUUUGGAAAGUAAUAUUGAUUGCUUAUGGAGUAAGCAAUAUCUUAGCCCUCGAGACCUGUGUUUACAGGGAGAUACUUCCACCUCUGACCUGAAGGCCUAUACUAUUGAAGAAAUUGAGGAAGCUGAGAGAAAUAGCCGUACUCUUUGCUGUAAGAAUGCAGAUGCUGAAGAAUAUGCUUGUGAUGUACUAAUGGCAGGGUAUGAUAUGCACAUUGUAAAGAUUUUUCACGACAAUGCUAGUAUCAGAUGGCUAGAUGCAGGGGUGCUUGCAAAACUUGAAUCACAUUUAGAUACACAACAUCCUUUGGGAAAUGACUGGAGGAAGUUGAUGGAGGCCGUUGGAAAUUGUACAAGUUGUGAUACUGACUGCUUAGAUUCUCAAACAAAAAGGUCAGAUAUGUCACCAACUUUAUCUGUUCUUGAACAGUAUCCUGUGACCAUUAAGCAGUUGUAUAACAUACUGAAGAAAUUAGAAAGAGAAGAUUGCUGCAGAGAAAUUGAGAAAAUGAUGGCUGGGAUUAGGAUUUAACAGCAGAAGCUGUGUAAUAUGUACCACUUUAAAUAAAGCCCCAUUAGUCUGAAUAGAAUUUAUCUUUCUGUGCUAUGUGGCACAUACUUCCUCUCACCAGCUUCAGGUUGUGAAGUAAUUUGCCUGCAGUUUAAUCAAAAAUAAAUAUUUUAUUUUGUACAUGACAUUGUCAAAUCCCAUACAUUGUUGCUUUGAAUAAAUGUCAGUGUGAAUUAUUACUGAA